UAUUUAUUCCCACGCCCUUAGCCUCUUAAAAUGAGUUCUGUCGGAUGUUUUUUACCAAGAACGCUGCAUCUUAGCAAAUCACUAUGCAAGCACACAGCUCCUUCCAGACAUAAAAGUCAGAGAAGAUUGAUCCGUACCUCCAGCAGCUGCAUGAACACCAUGCCUGCAUGGGUUAUUGACACAUAUGGAGACAAUGAUGUUUUAAGGUUCACCCAAAACGCCAAGUUCCCUGUCAUCCUCCGCCCCACUGAGGUCAUUGUAAAGGUGUUUGCAGCUGGACUGAACCCAGUUGAUGUCAGCAUGAGAGGUGGCUAUGGCGCUGCUACGCUGUCUAUGAAGAGAGAUCCUCUGAACAUCAAUCCAUCAGGCAAAGAGUUUCCUCUCAUUCUCGGAAGAGACUUGUCUGGAGUCAUCAUGGAGUGCGGCACGGAUGUCAUGUACUUCAAAGAGAAGGAUGAGGUGUGGGCAGCAAUCUCGCCUUGGAAGCAGGGCAGCUUGGCAGAGUUUGUGGUGUUAAGUGGCAACGAGAUAUCCCACAAACCCAAGUCACUGAGCCAUGUAGAGGCAGCAGCCAUCCCUUAUGUGGCAAACACUGCCUGGUCAGCGCUGGUUAAUACUGGAGGACUCAGUAAGGACAACUGUGCCAACAAACGGAUUUUAAUCAUUGGAGGAUCAGGAGGAGUAGGAACAUUUGCAAUACAGAUGGUGAAGGCUUGGGGAGCACAUGUGACUGUUACCUGCUCCCACAAUGCCGAGCGGCUUGUAAGGAAACUCGGGGCGGACCACGUGGUGGACUACACAGCUGGACCUGUUGAAGAGCCACUCAGCGCGCUGGAGAAAUUUGACCUGAUCCUGGACAACAUAGGGGGAGACACAGAGCGAUGGGCUCUCGGCCUGCUUAAACCUUGGACUGGAGCCAAAUAUGUCACCCUUGUAACACCUUUUGUGCAGAACACUGACAUGUUUGGGGUACAUGAUGGCAUGUUGAAGACAGCUGUUACAGUCGUCACCAAAGUCAUCAAGCAUUUAGUCAAAGGAGUUCACUACCGUUGGGGAUUCUUUGUACCAAGCGGUCCAGCGCUGGAUGAAAUAAAAGAGAUGGUGGAUGCAGGACAGAUCCGGGCUGUGGUGGAGGAGACGUUCAGCUUUUCUCAGGUUCCUCAGGCCUUUGAGAAGGUGGAGAAGGGUCACUCCCGAGGGAAGACAGUGAUUGAAAUCAACAAAGAGGACGCCUAAUCUACAGCAU